CCACAACCAGCUGCAACUGCCCUUCGCCUCUAAACAAACCUUUUGCAUACAGACAAAAUGUCGCGAGGCGGCCAUCGAGAGUCGCUAACGCCUAUGGACUUUGAGUAUGACAAUAAACAAGGCCCAGUUGACCACCGUUCACCUUUCAUGAACAUCACCAACUCGCCUGCGAGAAAACGUCCCCAAUCACAAUUUGAUUCACCCACCAAGAACGCUUUCGCGACACCGAACCGCCUGCGCGAGACCGCACUCAACUUCUCGCAAAGCGGCGCGAAGCCUCUUCCCUCACUACCACCACAUGCGAACGCCUGGAACACGCCACGUACACCCGCGGCCGACUAUGACUUCAGCUCCGGCGGUGAGACACCGAACACACCGGCGCAAGACAGCGAACAGGCAACACCAGACACGCAAAUGGCGGGCAAGAUGCGGCUGCUGAUGGACAGCCCCAGCCCAAAGAAGACUGGGCGGAGACAGAGCCUGUUCAAGCGGCUCUCCAAUUGGGGCAGCCCAAGCCCAGCUAAAGAGUCGAUGAAGGAGAUCGAGAAGGAGGUAUCGCGCAAGCACUACAGCGAAAAGUUGGAGAACCGAGUAGCGAAGCGGCGGUCAACACGCGAACGCUCAGAUCGGUCCAAAAAGAAGCGAAUGGCGUUGCGCGACAAUGAGGACGAGGAGUCUGAUAACGAACCGGCGCAAGUGCAGAAGAGCGCACCAAUAGAGCCAGGCAAGAUGCAGCAGACCUACGGCGCCAGCAUUGCUGGCUUCUUCCACUGGAUCGAAGCGCACCCAGGGCUACCCUCAGUGCUCUCCUGGUACAUGCAGUUCACCGUCAACGCCUUUCUGGCUCUCUCUUUCAUGUACAUCAUGUACUUGGUAUACAGCGGCGUCAGGGCAGACAUAAACAUCGAGUCGGACAAGCACGCCUCCGAGAUGAUGGUCGAAAUCGCUCACUGUGUGAAAAACUAUCGCGAAAACCGGUGUGAGCCAGAGACGCGCGUUCCCGCAAUGGAGAUGGUGUGCGGCAACUGGGAGACGUGCAUGAGCCGCGACCCGCAGAAGCUUGCUCAGGCCAGUGUCACAGUCAAGACGUUUGCCCGUAUCAUUAACAGCUUCUUCGAGGAGUUCAGCUACAAGUCUAUGAUCUUCCUCACCAUCAUCAUCUUCGGCGGCUUCAACGUCUCGAACUGGGCGUUCGGUCUGCUACGCCAGCAGCACGCCCAGCCCCAACAACAGCAGUACAAUGACUUCGCUCCACCGCCACAAACACCGCACCGCAUCAACUCGAACAGCUAUAUCGAAAAUGGUCAGCAGGCGUGGCCGACACCCUACCAGACGCCGUAUGAGGGGAGAGGGUUCAUACAACCAGCUCAGCCGCCCAUGCUGCAGCAUACGCAGAGUACGCCGGCGCUGCCGAGUUAUGCGCAAGAGGGUGCGCGCGAGGAGUUGAAAACACCUAGCCGGAGACGUGGCUUUCGGUAGCCCUUUUUUUUUCUUUGAAUUGGUUCUCUUUUCUUUCUGGGUAUUGCGCUGCGUAUAGCACCGAUGGCGUUUUUGUUUACACAUCUACGAUCAACUUCUCUUGUUUUCUUGUAGGGUCUUCAGUUGGAUUAGGGUCUUGGAAACACGGUCACGGACGUAAAAUAUUUAUUUGUAUAUUCUUUCGUAGCUUCUGUCAUCGUCAGCCUAG